AUGUCAAGUAUUCAACCUCAAGUCAACAAUAUAAUUGCCGCACAUGCUGCUGGAAGAGGUCAAGCAAUUUGCCAAGCUGAUUUCAACUUAAUAAAUGCUUGGAGAUGGAAUCCAAACAUCACAACUGCUAUUGAUCAAUUCUUGACUGUUUCUGGAUGGAACGUAAUGAAAUCACUUGCGCAACCAUCAGAAGAAUUUGUUUGUUGA